AAGAAUAAAAUAAAACCAAAAAACGAAAAUUGAAAUUUUUAUAUCCCGUCAUCAAGUACGUAUCAGAAUUUGGUGUGUGUGUUAAUGUUAUAUUGGUUGGCCGUUGAAAUUUCAAUUUCGAAAUUUGUAUUUUCUUUUUUUUUUCUUUCUUUCAUAUUGUAAAUUUCAUCAAAAUUAUCUGAAAAAUGGAAUCACCAACGAAUAUACAAAUGGAUCUUGAUGAUGAUGAUGAUGAAUCAUUCGAUUUAGAAUCUGAUUUAAUAGCAUCUGAACAACAACAACAACAAGAAGCAGAAGAAGAAGAAAAAGAAUUGAUGAUGAAAACAACAACAUUGAAUGAUGAAACACGUCGUGAAGCUAAAGCUGCAUUUGGUAAAAUAUUAAACGAAAUUCGUUGCAUUGAUUCAACGAAACAUGAUCUAAUUCCAAUGACAGAGAAAUUAAAUUCCUGUUUACAUCAUGAGAAUAAUUGUUUAUCAAGAUUUGGCAUCAAUGAAUUAUUGCCUAUGGAUGCAAAAAAUAUGGCAUUUGUUGCUGAACAAUCUAUUAAUGUGGUUAGAAAAUUUACUAUUGUCAAAAAAUUCGAUAAACAUGAAUUUCGUCGUCAAUUACGUAAACGUUUGUUACAGAAUUGUUUACAUACAAAUUAUUUUGAUAAUAUUGAUCCAAUGAAACGAAUACAGUUAAUACAUUUGUAUCCAACUGGUAUACAAUUUGAUGAUCAUUAUCAUUAUCAGGCACCAUGUUUGUUGCCAACAUUCACUACGGAUGAAAACAUCAUACCAUCAACUAAACAACGACGUAUACAACAACAAGAACAGACAAGAACAAAAUUACCAUCAGGUGUGGCCACACAGCCAACACAACAAAAACAAUCAAACGAUAUGAAUAAUGUUGAUGAAUCUGAUAAACGUUUAGAGUAUAUUUAUAAAACAUUGAAAAAAUUGGAAAAAAAAUCCAACGAUGGUGUACCAUUUUUUCAGGCCAUAUUGAAUCCAAAUGAUUUUGCAACAACAAUUGAAAAUAUGUUUAAUCUGGCAUUUUUGGCAAGACAAUCACGUGUUAUUAUUGAUGAUCAAAAUGACGAUGGUGAUGAUGAUGAUGAUAACGGUGAUGGUGGUGAACCGUUAAUUUUUACCAAAGAACGAAAUGAUGAAAAUAAUCAUAAUGCUGAUGAUGGUGAUGAUGAUGAAAAUCAUUUGGCUACUGAAAUGAAUAAUAAAAUUCCAAUGAAUAAAGAACCAAAACAAUCACCAUUAUCAUUCGACAUGAAAACUUAUCACCAAUUAUUGGAUAAAUUAUCCAUUAUACGACCAGCAAUCAAAGAUCAAUCAACAACAAAAUCUUAAUCUUAAUCUUAAUUAAUCUAUAAUUUGAUUAUUAUUCUAAUCGACUGAUUUCUGAAUAUUCUUGAUUGUCUUCCAUUUUUUUUCUAUUUAUU